CCGCGCUUCCGGGGCGCGGGACCAGGCCAAGCCUGGUCGUUGCUGUGCGGCCGGCAGCGGCGGGAGGGAGCCGGGUGCAGGCGCCCUCCCAGGCACUACUGUCCCAUGCUGGGCCCGGGGCGCCGAUGCCAUGAGCAACUCCACGGUGCCCAGUGCCCCCCAGGCCAGCAGCGACUCCAUGGUGGGCUAUGUGCUGGGGCCCUUCUUCCUCAUCACCCUGGUCGGGGUGGUGGUGGCUGUGGUGAUGUAUGUGCAGAAGAAAAAGCGGGUGGACCGGCUGCGCCACCACCUACUCCCCAUGUACAGUUAUGACCCAGCUGAGGAACUUCAUGAAGCAGAACAGGAGCUCCUGGCUGAUGUAGGGGAACCCAAGGUGGUGCAUGGCUGGCAGAGCGGAGGCUACCAGCACAAGCGGAUGCCCCUACUGGACGUGAGAGCCUGAGUAACCCCACCCCUGCAUCCCAUCUUCUCCCUCCCUUGGGCUGGCCUCAGCCUGGCUGAAGGGUGUGGCAGGAAGCAGGGCUAAUGGGGACUGUUGUAUAGUAUCCCUUAUAUAUUUUGUAAAUAAAAUGUUUUGUGGCUAGUAAAA